AUGAGUUUGUGGGGAGUGAUGGGAGGAGGAUGGGGAAUAGUAGAAGAAGGGUGGAGAAAAGGGCCAUGGACUGCCGAAGAAGACCGACUCUUGAUCGAUUAUGUGCGACUUCACGGUGAAGGCCGAUGGAAUUCUGUGGCGAGGCUCGCAGGGUUAAAGAGAAACGGCAAAAGUUGCAGAUUAAGAUGGGUUAAUUACCUUAGACCAGACCUCAAGAGAGGACAUAUCACUCCUCAUGAAGAAACCAUUAUCCUUGAGUUACAUGCUAAGUGGGGCAACAGGUGGUCAACAAUUGCCCGUAGUUUACCGGGAAGAACUGACAACGAAAUCAAGAACUAUUGGAGAACCCAUUUCAAGAAGAAGACAAAAUCUCCAACUAACAAUGAGGAGAAGACAAAAAACAGAAUCUUGAAGAGGCAACAAUUUCAGCAGCAAAGACAGAUGGAGUUGCAGCAAGAACAACAGCUGCUUCAGUUCAACCAAAUCGACAUGAAAAAGAUCAUGUCUUUACUAGAAGAUGACAACAACAACAACAACAACAAUGGUGAGAAUAACUUCAGCAGCAGUAGUAGCGGCAGUAGUGGAGAAAGCGGUGCGUGCUAUGUUCCUCAUCAGAUCACACAGUCAACAACAAGUUCUGGCUAUGACCCGAAUGGUCACGGCUAUUACUCGGUGGUUCCGGUGCCAGUACCUGAGGCUAAUGUGAAUGAAGAUUUUGCGAUUUGGGAUGGUUUAUGGAAUCUGGAAUUGGAAGGACAAGGAGGAAGCUUUGGUGGCGGUGGUGGUGGUGCUUGUGGUCCAAGGAAGCAAUGUUUCCAGAACUUGGUCAUUCCCUUCUGUUAA